AAGGAAUUGGGCACCCUCUCUUCCCCACGGCUCCCAAUCCUCAACCACUGCGCGUGCGCUCACUCAGCUGCCUGUAGUGGGGCAACUGUCCCAGCUCUAGGCGGUUGCUAGCACCUUUGCUGCCCCUCCUGGCAGCUCUACCUUCCUUCUGGGUUUCUACCUAACCCCCAUAAGGAUAGCCUGGGAGACCAAGGGAUGGCCACCACGCUCUUGCCAAGUGGGCCUCAGGCAUUGGUGACUUUCGAGGAUGUGGCCGUGUACCUCACCCAAGAGGAGUGGGGCCAUCUGGGCCCUGCACAGAGGGGCCUCUACAGGGAUGUGAUGCUGGAGAAUUAUGGCAAUGUGGUCUCACUGGGAUUUCCAAUAUCCAAACCUGAUGUGAUCUUACAGCUAGAACAAAGAGGAGAACCAUGGUUCCUGGACAUAAAGGGAGCUGAAGGUAGAGAGAUCUUAAGAGAUUGUGAGACCAGAACUAAGAUCAAGAAGUUGUUACCAGGGCAGAAGAUUCCAGAGAGAAUAGAAUUCCAGCAUAUGAUAUUGAAAAGAUUCACCGGGAAUAGUUUCCGGAAACCUAAACUGAGAAAACCUUGGGAAUUUGGGGGAAAACUAAAGACACAUUGGGGAAGACAUGCAGAGGGGGAAUUGAAAAAACAUCUUUACCAUGAAAGUGAUUUUAGUCCAGUGAAAAUGAUACAUAAGAAAAUCCUCACAGGACAGAGCAUCAAGGAAUGUAAUAAUAAUCUUGGAAGAAGUUUCAGUCUGAAUUCAAAUCCUGUCACACAUCAGAGAAUUCAUGUAAGAGAGAACCCCUGCAAAUCUAAUGUAUAUGACAAAGCAAAGUUUAAACAGAACUCAUUCCUUAUUGAAAAACAGAAAAUUUGUUCAGGAGAGAAACCCUACAAGUGCAAUGAAUGUGGGAAAAACUUCAGUACACAUUCAUCUUUUAGUCAACAUUAUAAAAUCCAUACUGGGGAGAAACCCUAUGAAUGUAAUGAAUGUGGGAAAAGCUUCAUUCAGAGCUCUCACAUUAUUGAUCACCAGAGAAUUCACACUGGAGAGAAACCCUAUGAAUGUAACGAAUGUGGGAAAACAUUCAGUCAGAGCUCUAACCUUAUUCAUCAUCAAAUAAUUCACACUGGAGAAAAACCUUUCACUUGUAAUGAAUGUGGGAAAGCUUUCAGUUACCACUCAGUGCUUAUUCAACACAAUAAAAUUCAUACUGGAGAGAAACCCUAUGUAUGCAAUGACUGUGGAAAAGCUUUUAUCCAACGCUCGAAUCUGAUUCAACAUCAGAGAAGCCACACUGGAGAAAGACCUUAUGAAUGUAAUCAAUGUGGAAAAGCCUUCAGUGUGCGCUCAUCUUUUAUUCAACAUUGGAAAAUUCACACUGGAGAAAAACCCUAUGAGUGUAAUGAAUGUGGGAAAGCCUUCAGUGCACGCUCAUCUUUUAUUCAACAUAGAAAAAUUCACACUGGAGAAAAACCCUAUGAGUGUAAUGAAUGUGGGAAGGCCUUUGGUGCGCGUUCAUCCUUUAUUCAACAUUGUAAAGUUCACACUGGUGAGAAACCUUAUGUAUGUAGUGAAUGUGGGAAAGCCUUUGGUGCACGUUCAUCCUUUAUUCAACAUUGUAAAAUUCACACUGGUGAGAAACCUUAUGUAUGUAGUGAAUGUGGGAAAAUGUUUAGUGCUCGCUCAUCCUUCAAUCGACAUAAGAGAACACAUAUUGAAGAAAAGUCCUAUGAACAAAAUGAAUGUGAGAAACCCUACAAGUGUAGUGAAUGUGGGAAAACCUUUAGGUCACGAUCAUCUUUUAUUCAGCAUUGUAAAAUCCAUACUGGAGAGAAACCCUUUGAGUGCAAUGAAUGUGGGAAAACUUUCAGUCAGAGUUCCAACCUUAUUGAUCACCAGAGAAUUCACACUGGAGAGAAACCCUAUGAAUGUAAUGAAUGUGGCAAAGCCUUCAGUCAGCGAUCCAGCCUUAUUCGACAUCAUAAAAUACACACUGGAGAGAAACAUUACGAGUGCAGUGAAUGUGGGAAAGCCUUCAUUCAGAGUUCCAAUCUUAUUAAACACCAGAGAAUUCAUACUGGGGAAAAACCCUAUGAGUGUAAUGACUGUGGGAAAGCUUUUAGUGACCGUUCAUCUUUUAUUCAGCACCGAAAAAUUCACACAGGAGAAAAACCCUUUGAAUGUAAUGUAUGUAGUAAAUCCUUUAUCCUGAGCUCUAAUCUUAUUAAACAUCAGAGAAUUCACACAGGAGAGAAACCUUAUGAGUGUGAUGAAUGUGGGAAAACCUUCCGUGCACGUUCAACUCUUAUUCAGCAUCAGAGAAUUCACACUGGAGAGAAACCAUAUGGGUGUAAUGACUGUGGGAAGGCCUUCAGUCAACACUCUAACCUUAUUCAGCAUCAGCGGAGUCAUGCCGGAGAUAAGCCAUGUGACAAAGCUGUCUCUUAAUGACUUUUGUUCUGAAAAUUCAGUUCUUAGAGAGGGUUUAUACACUUACAAAAACUUUCUUACAAAUUUGGUAUACUGCCAUUCUGUGACAGUAGUGGGGCUCUAUCUGUGGUCUGAAUUCCAAAGUGUGUCUGCCUUUCCUGAUAUUCAAAGGUGGCUUUCUGUUAGAGCUCUCACAGAUUUGACCAUUGAUUUUCUCUUUUAUCUAAAAAGUAUGAAAUCCAUGAAAGUAAUAUUAAAAUUGUUAAACUUAAGCAAACACUAAUGAAAUUAUUUUAAAGCAAACUUUAAGAAUACAAGUAUCUAUUUUCUAAGUGUUAGUCCUAGUUCUUUUUCUCUUUUAUCCCUGUGUAACCAAACAAGUGUUCAAAGUCUUUAUUGCUUUUUGGUUAGGAAUAUUCACCUCCCUAUAUUCUGGGCUCAUUCUAUAUUCUCUUAGUGUCUUGCAGCUAUAUUUCUUCACAUAUAGCCUUGGACAUGCAUUCUAUACCCCAUACUAUCUAUUACACCUUGUAGUCCAACACAUAGAUACAAGCACAUGAUCAGGCACUUUCUUUUCCUCUGAUUUGAGAGAGAAGAGGAUUUGGUUUGUUGGCAACAGUUUAUGUAAGUUAGAUUUUCAAACAUGCCUUAUAGAAGCUUGAAAUCAGGUACUACCUUUCUUUAUGAUGUUUAAUCUCCCUUCAGGUUGAUCUAAAUUUCAUUAAUCACCAUAUGGCUUCUGGACAAGGAGUGUUCACCAUGAUAUCUUCCUUUUGAAACUAUACUGAUGUUAUCCUAAUUAGAGUUUUUGCCCCAGCAGAUAAUUUUUUCCCCCUACUCUUGGUCUCAAGUGCCUGCACAUCUACUUCUGGUUUCAGGUUACAACUACACUACUACCUGAGUCAUGUCCAUCACGGUGAAUUGGAGUUUCCCUGCCUUUGGCCUCUAAGAAAUCUGGUCUUCCCCUCUGUCUCCUUUCCCUCUAACCUAGAACAUAAGCCAUGUUAUUUGUUGUUCAGUUGUUUCAGUCAUAUCUGACUCUUCAUGACUCCAUUUGAGGUUUUCUUGGCAAAGAUACUGGAGUGUUUUGGCAUUUCCUUCUCAAGC